GCGUACUGUGGGUUGUCGAGGGCAAUGUACGACGUUUCUCCGAUUUAUUUCCAAUAAAUCGCAGCAUUGGUGGUUUUGAGCGCUGCCGCUUGUUUCCUGGGACAGAUAAAUUCGUCGCGAGGAAAGCGGUCUGAACCGCAGGCAAGACGUGCUUUUACGCAGAGUGCUACUCUUUGCCUGGUACAGUGCACACGAUAAGGCAAAGCGCAAGCGUCGGAUUAAAAAAAUCCUGUAUUAGUAAGAAUCAAGCGCUGCUAAAACAAUGCCUAACAGGGAAAAUGGUGGCAGCAGUGGUAGCGGCAGCGAGGAGGCAGCAGGUGUUGUGGAACAUAUUUGCCGUGACUUUCUGCGCAAUGUAUGCAAGCGUGGCAAACGCUGCCGCUUCAAGCAUCCAGAUGCUGUUGAUGUGUCUGACCUUGGGGUUCAGAAGAAUGAGUUUGUGUUCUGCCAUGAUUUUCAAAAUAAAGAAUGUGUACGUUUAAACUGCCGCUUUAUUCAUGGUACAAAGGAUGAUGAUGAGUACUAUAAGAAAACGGGAGAACUCCCACCUCGUUUAAGGCAUAAAGUAGCAGCUGGAUUAGGCCUGUCGCCUACUGACUUGACCAACAAGGAUGAGGUACCCAUCUGCCGUGAUUUCUUAAAGGGUGAUUGCCAGCGUGGGGAUCGGUGCAAAUUCCGACACUUGCAGCGGGAAUAUGAGCACCAGUAUGAUUAUCCCUGUGAUAUGAGGGGAGGGAUGAUGAAUAUGGGGGUAAGCCCGGGAAGCUUAUCUGCCCCUACAACUCGUGCUUAUGAGCAUUAUGACCGUUAUGAUGGUCUUGCAGACACAGAAUACUAUUCUUCUUACUACCGUUAUGGGGACCGUUUAGAUGAUCCAGUUAUGAAGAGACGACGCAUUGGAUAUGAUGGAUAUUAUAGUGGUUCUCCAGUAGAGUACCGUCUUUUGGAAGAAGAGAAUGUUAUGCUCCGUAGACGUGUUGAGGACCUUAAAAAGCAAGUUUCUGUUUUGGCAGCAACCAAUGAGGUUUUACUGGAUCAAAAUGCCCAGUUUCGUAGUCAGGCCAAAGUUGUUGCACUUAGUACUCUGAGUGCUACAGCCCCAACCAGUGAGCAAGGUGUGGGAUCUGUCACCAACUACAACCAUGGCAUUGCCCAAACCCAUACAACGCUUAGCAGUCAGGCAUUGCAGCCACGAGCUGUUACUCAGCAGGAGCUUGUGGCUUCUACUGGUGCAUCUGCUUCUGCUCAAAGUAAUGCCCCCCAACAGCUAAACCCAGAAAUAACCCCAUUGUCUGCAGCGCUGGCGCAAACCAUUGCUCAAAGCAUGGCACCUCCUCCUGUAUCCAUGGCUCCUGUAGCUGUUUCUGUGGCACCCGUGGCAGUUUCAAUGGCUCAGCCCCUGCCUGUGAUUACAAUGAGCCAUGCCAGUACACCCAUGGUUUCCUAUCCUAUAGUCUCACAGAGCAUGCGCAUAACAGCCUUGCCUCACUGAUUGGCUAAACUCUCACGCUGUCAGUAUGUUUUUCUGUGGUGUGGUAGACAUACAUUUUUUUUUUUUUUGCCUUUCAUUCUGUAACAGGGGAACACAUAAGUGCUACACUUCCAGUAACUUCUUGCAUACCAUUAUAAUCCAUUAUAAUUUUAAGUAGACAUUUUUAAAAAGGAGGUAUCUUGAAACCAGAAUGCAUUUUUUUAAUAGCCUAAGUAAUCGCAAAUUCUUAAAUAUCAUGCUUCUAUCCCUUUUUUGUUUAUUUUGUCCCCUCCACUUUUCCAGCCUUGCUACAGGCCGCUUGAGUUCUGCUUUUCUGUGAACACAUGCUCUCACAGCUCCAACACUGGAUUAUAUUGAGGAGACCAAAGUUCAACUUGUUAAUAUUACUAUAUUGUCAGACAAGUACAGGACCAAGGCACUAUUAUUUCAGUGGCAUGCCCAUCUAAUCUUUUAGUUAGUGAAUGAAAAAAAAAAAAGCUGCCAGUAGUAAGGUUGGCAAGUGGGAGUGGACACAGUAAAUCUUCCUAUAUAUGAAUUAGUUAAAAUUUAUGCUUAAUAUUUUUGUUUUGUGGAAGUUCCCUUUUAAGAUUAAAAAUCUACAGCAAAGCCUGUGCUUGUUAUCCAAAGACAUCAAACCAGUGCUAGGCAUAACAUACUUCUCAGUACAUUUUAUAUGUUGCCGAUAUUUCCAAGUUUUUGUUUGCCCUAUACUUGCAAGAAACUAUACAACUGGUAAAAUGUAUAUCCUACAUACUAGAGUAACGAAUGUAUGCACUAUUUCUGGUUUUUGUUUUUUUGUUUUAUUUAUUUUUUUAAUUUUUUUUUUUUUUUUAUUCUUGUUUUGUUGGGGGUUUUUUUCUCCCUUGCCUUUUGUAUAUGCCUCUUCUCUAUGAUAGGUUUGAAUGUUUUGAAACAUCUACAUCGUUUAGUUUAAUAUGGAUAGAUAUGAUUGUUAGGCAUUUAUCUGUAGUUGUUGUGCUGUGCCAUCUGUAAAUACAUCUCAAUAGCUGUAUCUAUUGGUAUUCCAUUUUAUCUCCAAAAUUUCCAGAGGCUUUAAACCGCUAUGUCAUGGCUGCCAUUGGCCAAUUACAGUACAGUGCAACUACUGCUCCUUAGUUCCUUUACUAAUUAGAUGUAUAUAAAAUCAAUGCUCUUUCCAGUAAGCUAAAAUUUAUGAACGUUUUCACUUCCCCUUCUAAUCUUCCCUUUAAUUGUUUUUGUCACGUGUAAUAAUGACUCAAGUUUGAAGAAAUUUAAAAAGUUGUACUAAUCUUUGAUUUCUGUCAUAAAAGUUUAAACACCA